UUCCGAUGGGUAUUGGCUUCAUUUUCCCUGUGAUUAUGGCGACUGGCAUUUGCUUCUUGCGAGAAUCGCCCCGUUGGGACUACCGAAACGGCAACAUCGAGCAGGCUCGCGUUACUAUUGCUAGAUCGUACGGUGUGCCGGUCAACCACUGGGAGGUGCAUCGCGAGAUGCGCGAAAUCAAGGAGAAGCUUGACGCUGAAAAUGCUGGUGGUGGGAAGCAUAAGUGGUACGAAAUUUUUACCGGACCUCGUAUGGCGUACCGUACCUUGUUGGGCGUCACACUCCAAGCGCUGCAGCAACUCACGGGUGCCAAUUUCUUCUUCUACUAUGGUACGACUGUGUUCGCGAACAUCGGCCUUUCUGACAGCUUCGUUACCUCCAUUAUCCUCGGCAGCAUUAAUUUCGGAAUGACAUUCCCGGGUCUGUGGGUCGUUGAACACUUCGGACGUCGCAGAGCUCUCAUAACCGGCGCUCUCUGGAUGUUCGUUUGUUUCAUGGUCUUCGCCAGUGUUGGACAUUUCCUGCUGAAUGAGGGCCGCCAGGUCCACACUUCAGGCAUUGUCAUGAUCGUCUUUGCGGCGCUGUUCAUUGCAGGCUACGCCAUGACAUGGGGACCGAUCGUCUGGGCCGUUAUCGGCGAGAUCUUCCCAACUCGCUACCGUGCCACCUGCAUGGGUAUCUCCUCCGCCUCCAAUUGGAUCUGGAACUUCCUCAUCAGCUUUUUCACGCCCUUCAUCACCUCAGCAAUUGACUACCGAUAUGGCUACAUCUUCGCAGGCUGUACGUUCGCUGCGGCUGUCAUUGUCUACCUCUUCCUUUGCGAAUCCCAAGGACGCACCCUAGAGGAGAUUGACACCAUGUACAUCCUGCACGUCAGCCCGCUGAAGAGUUCCAAUUGGGAGGCUCCAGAGGAGUCAGUGACGGCUGACGCACUGUACCUAGAGCCCGGUGCGAGGGGCAUUCGUAAGGCAGAUGCGGCAGGCAUGGAGAAUGCUCAGGGGUUGGAGCAGCUUCCGCCCGCUACGGAGAGGCAUGGAAUUCAUGACGUGAGCGGUACGGGCUAUGAAGCGGAGGCUUCUGGAGUGAGAAAUGGGUCUAUCGCUUGAAAACAACCGAGACCAUACCUGCUUGACGAUCAUGAUUAUACACCAUGGAAUUA